UUAGAGAACAAAGCAAUAUGGAUUAAUUUAGUUGGGAUUCGUUGUAAUAACGAUUUAAUCCAGAAGUAUGGUUUUUUUUGUCUGAAGGAAGAAACACUUAAUAAAAUAAUCACCAUAGUUACCGUUGGACUAAUUAAUUUGGAUUCUACUGGAUGGCCUAAAGAGUAAUAAAGUAAUGACUGAACUAAAUGAAUAUGCUAAACUGGUCCCCCAGUGUGUCGACUCAGUUUCCUGCUCUGUGGAUUCAGACCUCUCCUUUUGUCCUCUGCUCUCUGAGCCACACAUUUAGAAGAAGACAUUGUUUUGUAAGUCAUAGACUUCUAACUCGUAUUUCUCACCAUGGACGGUGCAUUGACUACUGAGCAUCAGGAGGAUGGGUCUUUGCGGAGGAGAAAGACCGAAGACGAAGGAGAGGAUCAGAUCGGGAGCAAGUUGUCAAAAACGGAAACCACCGGUUUGGAGUCUUGCUUGGAUGAGCCAGUUGAGUUGAGAAGUGUUCAUGAAGUCAUCAAGUAUGGAGCCUCGUCUCUGCCAGCUAAGCACUAUGACCCGGACACCACCGAGCCAAUCAGCUCCGGCCUUCAGUCCCUGGAGGAGCUGUUGUCGUGGAAACGCAGCGAGGCCAACCCCUUCAACGUGGCGACGGUGCCCCUGGCCAAUCGGGAGCCUUCUCUGACCAGCACGCCGCACCGGACUCUGGUGAGUCACGACAUGAUGGGCGGAUACCUGGAUGACAGGUUUCUGCAGGGAGCAGAGUCGGAUGCUCCCUAUGUGUUCUACCACUGGCAGUACAUCGACGUGUUUAACUACUUCAGCCACAACACGGUGACCAUCCCCCCGUCCGUCUGGACCAACGCCGCUCACAGACACGGAGUCAUCGUCCUGGGCACCUUCAUCACUGAGUGGACGGACGGGGGGAAGAUGUGCGAGGUCUUCCUGAAAGAGGAGGAGUCUUACAGGGCCGUAGCUGAUAGGCUGGUUCAGAUAGCCCACUGUUACGGCUUCGAUGGUUGGCUGAUAAACAUCGAGAACCCUCUCGGUGAGACGGCUGUGAAGAACACUCCUCUGUUUCUACGUUAUCUGACGGACCAGAUGCACGAGAGAGUCCCUGGUAGUAUGGUGUUGUGGUAUGACUCUGUUCUGGAGAACGGACAGCUCAAAUGGCAGAAUGAACUCAACCCAUCCAACAGAGUGUUUUUCUCAGCGUGUGAUGGUAUCUUCACCAACUAUAACUGGACAGAGCAGAACCUGGAGGGAAUGAAGGCCUACUCAGCUGCUCAGGGCCGGCUGGCGGACAUCUUUGUUGGGGUGGACGUGUUCGCCAGGGGAGAGGUGGUGGGGGGGAAGCUGGAGACUAAUAAGGCUCUGGAGAUGAUUCGUAAACAUGACUUCUCCACGGCCAUCUUUGCUCCAGGCUGGGUGUACGAGUCCAUCCCAGACAAGACUGACUUCAGGAAGGAGCAGGACAAGUUCUGGUCUCUUCUGUCUGACUUCCUGUAUGUCCACCGGCCCUCGUCGCCCCUCCCUUUCGUCUCCUCCUUCUGCCAGGGUGCUGGGACCAGCCUCUACUGGAGGGGACAGCGUGAGGUGGAUCGUAGCUGGUUCAACCUAGAUGCCCAGGAGCUGCAACCCCUAUACUACAGAGAGACCCUCGAGGGGGAGGGCUGGCUGAGGACCCAGGGCUGCCCUGAAGAUGCCUGGAGCGGGGGCAGCUCUCUGCUCGUAGAGGGUGUCCUACCCUCCAUGCUGUCUAAAGUCUGCGCCAGGAUCUUUUCUCUCCAGGUGCCUCUAUCCUCCAGGGUCUUUGUGUCUCUGAUCUAUAAGCCGUCUCCUGGGGUCACUGUCUCUCUGGAGUUAAAGACUGCUGAUGCUACACUCUGCACACACAGAGGUGUUCAGGAUAUACCUACCAGCAGUAUUGAGCCUGUUGCUUUAACAGAGGACCACCAGUUGAUGAGACAGUUCUCUCAGAGCUGUGGACAGUGGAACCCAGACGGAUGGACUGUCAGGUGUUCCCAGUUGGAGCUGCAGGGCUGUGCUCUGAGGGAUGUGUGUGUCAGCGUGCAGCGUGAUGGAGGAGAUAAGGACACACCUUUCAAAUGCCGGGUCGGAGAGAUUAUGAUCCUGGAUGCUGAGUCCCUCUCCGUUCCUCCCCUCCCAGUGCAGAGUGUGUGUCUCUAUGACGUGGUGUGGCUGAGGGGCGCCAAUAAACUUAAUCUCAACGCCACCCUGCGCUGGCGUUACCCUGCCCAACUCGUACGCCACUUCCUGGUGUACUGGCGCCGGCUGAGGGGUCCAGACCCCCGGAUCCCAUCUGGCAAGCUGGCCCUGAUUGGCCGAGCCUACUGCCCCUUAUUCCGGGUGACCGAGCUGACGGUUCCAGAACCUCCAGGUCUUCUAGAACUGGUGGUGGAACCCGUGUCCCGGGAGGGCUUCCGUGUUCCUGAGUCCCAAUGGGGGAGGAGGAGUCUCAGUUAUACUGAGGAGAGGACGGACCAAUCAUAAGACACUGAAAGGGUAGCAAUGUACUGGCUGUCCCAAAUUGAACCCUAUUCCCUAUAUAGUGCACUACAUGGACCCAUAGGGCUCUGGCCAAUGUAGUGCACUAUAUAGGGAAUAGGGUGCCAUUUGGGAUGUACUACUACUCUACUUCCUGGCCAGUCAGUAAGCUAGUUUGUAGUGAUGUGAUCUCCUAGUCACCUAUAGAGUUAACCAUUUUUUUUCUAGUCAAGAAAGUAUUAAAAAAAAAAUAUAUAUAUAAUUAUCUUCCCAGAACAAUUAGGGGAACUCAAGGCCAGAAUUCAACAUGAAGCGCGCUGUAGGUACUUCCUGAUUGAGCCGACAUCUGCAGCCCUUCCUGUGCAGAGCAAGGGAAGGAUACUUCAAGCAGAACAUAGAGAUUCCCCGAUACAUAGAGAGAGACUCCCCAAUUGGGCAAAAGACCUUCCCCUCUGCGACCCAGAAACCAAAUGGUCAAGGAGCGUGUCAAUACGUUAAUCGGAGAACGAAGGAGGCUGUGGCCCCUCCCAUUACGGAUUUCCAGAGGAUGUGACAGGAAGUGACACACACCCUUUUAUUUUUUCUAAGGAGAAAAGCAAGCACGCGUUUAAACUACACGCUACGCAUCCUUUUAUCUAGAAAAAUAUUAUACACCACAUGCUAAAUGAAUUGAAGCAUCAAUAAAGAUACUAUUUAAAAAACA